GUCAGUGACCGAAGACGCAUAGAGAUCAGUCCCGGUUACAGACACCUGUGUGUUUUACACGGCAUGGCUGUGUUCAGGUUUGGUGUCAUUCUGACCCCAGAGUGUUUGGAUAUCGAGGUGUUUGUACUGGGCUCUCGGCCGGAGAUGGGACACUGGGAUCCGAGCCGAGCCGUGAAGAUGAGUCCGAGCCGCUCGGUUCUGUCCACCUGUGAACCGUGUCUGUGGAUCGGAGAAGUGCGUCUGUCCCAGCCGCAUACAGAUAAACUGUGGUUUAAGUUUAUAAAGCGUGUCGAUGGGAACUUCAUUUGGGAAGGCAAUGGGCCACAUCAUGACAGGCACUGUGUGUAUGACGACAGUAACAUGGUGGACGGGGUAUACUGCCAUCCGAUUGGUCACUGGAUCGAAGAGACGGGCCACACAGAUGAGAUGAAACACACUACCAACUUCUACUUCAGCAUAGCGGGACAGCAAGCCAUCCACUUCUCUCAGGUGCUGCCACGUGUCUGGUUGGGCAGCUGCCCUCGACGGGUCGAACAUGUAACCCUAAAGCUGAAACAGGAGCUGGGUGUUACAGCAGUGAUGAACUUUCAGACAGAAUGGGACGUCAUAAACAACUCACAUGGCUGCCGGCGUGACCUCAGUCAGCCCAUGAGCCCAGAGACCAUGACGCUCCUGUACAAAGACUGUGGCCUUUCGUACAUCUGGAUCCCCACUCCAGACAUGAGCACAGAAGGGCGCACACAGAUGCUGCCGCAGGCCGUGUUCUUGCUCUAUGGACUGCUGGAGAACGGUCACACAGUAUAUGUUCACUGUAACGCAGGAGUGGGUCGUUCCACUGCGGCCGUGUGUGGACUCCUGAUGUAUGUGUUAGGCUGGGGACUCAGGAAAGUGCAGUACUACCUCACUGCCAGAAGGGCAGCAGUCUAUAUCGAUGAAGAAGCACUGGUGAGGGCUGAAAAUGACUUUCAUAUUAAGUUUGGACGACUCCGUCCAUCUGUCUGCAACCCAGAGACAUGAGAACAGUGCCCUCUACUGGAUGGGAGGACAAGGGGACUUCAGUUUAAUAAUGUCAAAGCAGUUAACAGCAUUUAAAAAAGCUUUCAAUAUUGUCACACAUUGAUUACUAAUAAUCCAGUGUUUUUUACAAAAUACCCCAAUAUGUUGUUUGUACACUGCCGUUCAAAGGUUUAGGAUCAGUAAGAUUUUUAAUGUAGAAGUUUCUUCUGCUUAUCAAGGCUGUAUCUAUUUGAUCAAAAAUACAGAAACAAACUAUAAUUUUGUGAAUUAUUACUGCAAUUUUUAUAUACUUUAAAAUAAAUUUAAUAUACUUUAAAAUAAAAUGUAUUCCUGUGAUCAAAGUUGAAUUUUCAGCAUCAUUACGCCAGUGUCACAUGAUCCUUCAGAAAUCAUUUUCAUCACAAUCAAUGUGGGAAACAUUUGUGCUGCUUAAUAUAUAUAUAUAUACUUUUUAUUUUUUUAUUUUUUUAUUUUAAGAAAUUAAUACUUUUAUUCAGCCAGGGUGUUAAAUUGAUUAAAAAAUGAUAGAAAAUAUUUCAAUUUUGAACAAAUGCUGUUCUUUUUAACUUUUUAUUCAUCAAAGAAUCAAAGAAAAAAGUAUCACAGUUUCUAAAAAUAUUAAGCAGCAUAACAGUUUCAACACUGAUAAUAAAUCAGUAUAUUAAGAAUCAUGUGACACUGAAGACUGGAGUAAUGAUGCUGAAAAUUCAGUGCUGCGUCACAUGUAUGUUAAAAUAGGAUACCAAUAUUAGAAAUUGCAAUAAUACUUCACAAUAUUACAGUUU